AAAUAUCAAAAUUACAUCGCAACUGAGCAGUGUCCGCACGAUCGUCUUCUAGUAAAGUUACAAUUUGAAGCUAAGUUGAAAAGAUACUACUAUGAAGAUCGUGUUUGUUUGCUUGGUAUUCGUGGGUUUGGCUUUAGCUAAGCCUGCGGGAGAUGAAGAUAAUUCGAGAGGAUGCAUUAUGGGAAGUUGUCCAUUAAAAUGCCCACCGGGCACCUACAGGUAUGCCGUCGGCUGCGAUUAUCUCCUACCAGAACCAACCUGCAAAAACCCGAGGCCGGUGAAAGAAACAAAGUUCCAAAUAUGCGACUUCCAGGCUUGCUACUGCAGUCCCCCGACCGUCAGGAACGAGGAAACUAACCAAUGCGUGAGGCUAUGCGACUGACAUAUCAAAUUCAUAACCUGCUAUUACAAUCAGAAUACGCUUUACAUUACAAGCGUUUUUUGCUAGUAAGUACUAAUGUAAAACGAACUAUUACUUAUUACGCGAUAUUAAUUUACUUAUUUUUCGGUAAGGGGUGAAAA